CAGUACAAGUGUGCUACAUUGAUACCGCUGUGUGGCGCUGCGACAGUACCAACCAGCAGCUAGAUCUAAUAAAACAAACCCAGUGUUAGGCGCGCUCGAACACACACGCACACGCACAGUGGCGGACAAACAAAAACAACCAGCUGCCCGCAGCCACCAUCUCUCGUCUAGUUGGCCGUUGCAAUUAGAACGCGUCGUGUGACGCGUACUGCUUUGCUGUUGGUGGGGCGACCACGAGAGAGAGAGAAAGAGACAGCGAGCGCGUGCCCGAAAGCAUCACAAGAUCGCGAUCGAUUGCUCGGUUAGCCCGAAAGCGAUCCGGCCGUUGUGGUGCCGCGCCGCGCUGCGCUGCUUCGAUUCAGUCGUUCAGUGACACUCGACCGGAAGACUCUACACCCGAUCAGCAAGCUCCACGCUCGAUCGGGCGCCGUUGCCGUCCUUGAACUUUAAAAGUAUCCGCAAAACCAACUAAAGCGCGACUACCGGACCACCAGGGUCACCGAGGAGUUGUGUGAAGAGAGAGAGAGAGAGAGAGAGAGGCAGUGCGUACCGGAGGGUGAAACUUGAUUUCAGCUUGUAGGAGAACCCCCCAGCCCCCGCCACCACCAUGGCGAUGAUGUUCCGGAGCGAGGAGAUGGCCCUGUGCCAGAUGUUUAUUCAACCGGAAGCGGCCUACACGUCCGUCUCCGAGCUGGGUGAAACGGGCGCCGUCCAGUUUCGUGACCUGAAUGCCGACGUGAACGCGUUCCAGCGCAAGUUUGUCAGCGAGGUGCGCCGCUGCGACGAGAUGGAGCGCAAGCUGCGCUACGUCGAGGGCGAGGUGAAGAAGGACAGCGUGCAGAUCCCGGAGUGCUCGGUGGACGAUUGGCCGCGGGCGCCGAACCCGCGCGAAAUCAUCGACCUCGAGGCGCGGCUCGAGAAGACGGAGAACGAAAUACUGGAGCUGUCGCAGAACGCGGUCAACCUGAAGUCGAACUAUCUCGAGCUGACCGAGCUGAAGCACGUGCUCGAGCGGACGCAAUCGUUCUUCUUCGAGCAGGAGGUGAUCGUGAGCACGGACGCGGCGAAGAGCAACCUGAUCGCAGAGGACCCGACCGCGGCCCAGAGCCGUGGGCGCUUGGGUUUCGUGGCGGGCGUCAUCCAGCGCGAAAAGAUGCCCGGUUUCGAGCGGAUGCUGUGGCGCAUCUCGCGCGGUAACAUCUUUCUGCGCCAGGUCGAGCUGGAGGAACCGUUGGAAGAUCCGGCCACGGGCAAUGAAAUCUUCAAAACCGUGUUCGUGGCGUUCUUCCAAGGUGAGCAGCUGAAGGCGCGCAUCAAGAAGGUGUGCACCGGGUACCACGUGUCGCUGUACCCGUGCCCCAGCUCGGGCUCGGAGCGCACCGACAUGGUGAAGGGCGUCUGCACCCGGCUCGAGGACCUGCGGAUGGUGCUGAACCAAACGCAGGACCACCGGGCGAUCGUGCUGGCCAGCGUGGCGAAGGAGCUGUUCAGCUGGCGCAUCAUGGUGAAGAAGAUGAAGGCGAUCUACCACACGCUCAACCUGUUCAACAUGGACGUCACGAAGAAGUGUCUGAUCGGGGAGUGCUGGGUGCCGGUGCCGGACCUGCCCAAGGUGCAGAAAGCGCUCUCCGAUGGGUCGGCUGCGGUGGGCAGCACCAUCCCGUCCUUCCUGAACGUGAUCGACACGAACGAGGCACCGCCGACGUACAAUCGGACGAACAAGUUUACGCGCGGCUUCCAGAAUCUGAUCGACGCGUACGGUAUCGCCUCGUACCGGGAGGCAAAUCCGGCCCUGUACACGAUCAUCACCUUCCCGUUCCUGUUCGGUAUUAUGUUCGGUGAUCUGGGGCACGGUAUGAUCAUGGCGCUGUUCGGCCUGUGGAUGGUAACGGGCGAGAAGAAGCUCGGUGCGAAGAAGUCGACCAACGAAAUUUGGAACAUUUUCUUCGGCGGACGGUACAUUAUUCUGCUGAUGGGACUGUUCUCCAUGUACACCGGGUUCGUGUACAAUGACAUCUUCUCCAAGUCGAUGAACAUCUUCGGUUCGGCCUGGAGCGUCAACUACAACACGUCCACGGUGAUGACGAACAAGGAUCUUACGCUCAACCCUGGCUCCACGGAUUACGACACCGAGAUCUACCCGAUCGGGCUGGAUCCGGUGUGGCAGCUCGCUUCGAACAAGAUCAUCUUCCUCAACUCGUACAAGAUGAAGCUGUCCAUCAUCUUCGGCGUGGUGCACAUGAUCUUCGGCGUGUGCAUGAGCGUGGUCAACCAUAACUUCUUCAAGAAGCGCAUCAGCAUCGUGCUCGAGUUUCUGCCGCAAAUCAUCUUCCUGGUGCUGCUGUUCGCCUACAUGGUGUUCAUGAUGUUCAUGAAGUGGAUCGCGUAUACGGCCAAAACCGACAACCAGCCCCGCACGCCCGGCUGCGCCCCGUCCGUGCUGAUUAUGUUCAUCAACAUGAUGCUGUUUAAAAACUCCGAACCCUUCCACGGCUGCGACGAGUUCAUGUUCGAGGGCCAGAACGAGCUGCAGCGCACGUUCGUGUUCAUUGCGCUGCUCUGCAUUCCCUGGAUGCUGCUCGGCAAGCCGUUCUACUUGAUGUUCAAGCGCAAGAACGCUUCGCCGACACCCAUCCCGAACAAUGGCGACGUUCACCAGGGCGGUGACUCGAACCACACUUCCUCCAGCCCGAAACCGCACGAUUCGCACGACGAUGAGCCGAUGGCGGAAAUCUUCAUCCAUCAGGCCAUUCACACGAUCGAGUACGUGCUCAGCACCGUGUCGCACACUGCGUCCUACCUGCGUCUGUGGGCUCUGUCCCUUGCCCAUGCCCAACUGUCCGAGGUGCUGUGGAACAUGGUGCUUUCGAUGGGGCUGAAGCAAACCUCCUACAAGGGUGCCAUCAUGCUGUACUUUGUCUUUGGCGCCUGGUCCCUGUUUACGCUCGCCAUUCUCGUCAUGAUGGAAGGACUGUCCGCCUUCCUGCAUACGCUUCGUUUGCACUGGGUCGAGUUCAUGAGCAAGUUCUACGAAGGCUUGGGCUACGGUUUCCAACCAUUCUCCUUCAAGCUGAUCAUCGACAGCGAUGACGACUUGGAGUAGUGGAGUGUCCGACCUAUCCGUCCUACAACUUUAUUAAAUGGAAAAAAUGAUGAUUAAUACACCCUUGUAGUAUUGGAGGGUAUGCACGGUUCUGUACGGUUCUCGCCCGGUUCCGUCGAUUCAUACCCCAAGCAAAAGUAGCGGUGGUAGUAGUAGUAAUAGUAGUGCAAUCGUAAAUGCAAGUACUAUCUGCACGGCAUAA